GGCCUCAACCUAGUCCAUAAUAGACGAUCCAGCCUGGUGCAUGCGAGGAUCUCUUGGUUUUUUCUGGGGCGCAAGCUCUCUCUCGUCUGUUGUGCGUCCCGCGUUUACUCCAUUCGCAUUUUUUGUUUUUAUCCUCUCGUACCAUGCCCCCGGGCGGUUCUCGUUCCCCAUCCGAUCUGUCACAACUCACAGGAGUAUAUAAGACGAGGGAUAGCCGUCGCUCGCGCCUCGACAAGGCCCAAUCAAUCCAAGGGGAGCCCAGCAGCCCGACUUGAGCGCCUGUCUGACCACGCGAUCGCAAUCCUGCGCCCCCACCCCUGGCAGAUCUCGUCGUGCGAGGUUCGAAUCCCAUCUCCGGCCCGGACUGAGCUGGACAGGAAAGGCUGCCGGCCUUGACUCUCUUUUUGUUUGAGUUGCUUCUGCCAACAGGAAUUCCAAACCCGAGGUGCCUGGACUGGAUCUGGAUCUGGAUCUGGAACACAUCCUAGCCUCGUGUCAGCGCGGCCACAGACACCGAUCUGAGCGCUCCUUUAAGCCUGGUCUAUCUAUCCUUCUUUUCUCCCCCUCUUGCACCCCUCGGCUGCGCAUCGACAUUCCACACCAACACGGGCGCAACAGAACCAUCGGAGUAGUGCCGGGCGUAUACAUCUGUUUUGGUUCAUGGAUGCCCAACUAGCCUUUCGACGACUUGCAACACCGGGGACCAUCCUCGUCUGAUUUUCCGUUUUGCGACAGCCUGGGGAAGUGUCGCCCGUUCGCCGGUGCUGGUCCCGGUGCCGAACUGCACUCGAAGGAGGAGGGCCAUCCAACGUGAAUAAGAAGAAUUCACAAGCCUUUUGCCUUCCGCUCAAGUGUUCACUCCCACACUUCCUGGCCCAUAUCACCCCAUCCCAUCCAAUCCCACUGCCAUCCCGCGCAUUCACCCACUUGAGCAACACGUCUCACGACUGCAUUCCCUGACGAGAGCCCGCCCCCUGCCACCCACACAUCUGCCCUCGGUCUGGCUGUGUGUGUGUGUGUGUGUGUGCGAGGGAGAGGGGGAGAGAGACAGAGAGACAGAGAGACAGAGAGACAGAGAGACAGUGUGUGUGUCCUGCGGUUUCGGCUGUCCUUCCCGUCGUCACCGAACCGGUCAGCCCACGGGGUCUAGUUUGUGGCAUCAUCUCCGGUUAUACCGGGCGGCGCGGCUCUUAAGGGUUCCAAGGAAGCACCAAGGAUCAAUAGGAUAUCACACAGGCCGUCCAUCCAUCCACCCAUCCACCCAUCCGCCUGCUCUCAUCUCGCCCACCCGUCCAGCCUGCCAGCCCGUCCCAUCUGGCACCACCUAUCUUAUCUAUCUACCUGCCUGCAUAACUCGGACUCGACCGACCGACCGACCAGCCGACCUCCCUUACACCCCGUUCCCAUCCACCACCUGGGCAAGCAUCCAUCAUCCACCCCCCCCUCCAUCCCACUCCCCGCAGAACCAAGGGGGGCCACGCACAGCAGCAGUGAAGCACGGCAUCACACCCUGCCAAUCAGGUUGCCGACGAAUCCGGGCUACUGCAGCUGCCACACACUAGCACGACCGAAGAUUGGGUAACUUGGAGGCGCACAGCCCAUUUUCCCUAACAAUCAAACCAGCAUCUCGACUUGGACGGCUGCAGCUUACUUCCAAGGUUGUUGUUACUUUUGCGCCUGCGCCUGCACAGUAUAUUCUCACCUACACCUACACCUGCCUACACCUACCACCAGGCCCUUGGUACUCGGUACUUGGAUCUCGGUCCCGACAGACAGACAGUCAUUCAUUCACUUUUGUCAGCAGCAGUCCCGGGAGCACACAAGUGGACUUUUGUGUGUGCGCACCGCGCGUGUGUGCUUGCACAAAAGGUACCUAGGUUAUAUCCCCCAGGUCAAAAAGUCACCAACAGGUUAUCAAUCUAUCAGUCUAUCAGCCCGACCCAAAACAGAAGGCGUGGGCCUUGGCCUAGCCCGGGUCCCAAGUUGCAUUUUCCCACGCCGGCUUGGCCUUGCAAGGACCCGAGUUUGGGGGCACGCAAGGCUUGGAUCCUACGGUACGAUACGAUACGGUACGGGGCGGUACAUCACGGCCCAGCACAGCACGGUGCGGUACGGUGCGGCGCGGUACACCACACACUCAGCGGACGGGACGUGCCUGCCAUACACACAUACAUACCUACAUCGUACCUGCCUGCAGCAGCCCUGCCACCCAACACACAUCCCGCCCGCCGCCGAUAAGAUAGGGCCCGCCGCCGCCAUGACGUCGAUUUUAUGUCUGGCGCACUACUGCGACGUCCACGGCCCCACUCCGCUGAUGGUCACCGAGGGCCUGCCGGUACCGUGCAGCGCAUGCUAUGACGAGUCACCCUACUCGGCCAGCGACCGACCACAUUCGAGCGCCAGCACGCCCACCUCCACUAGCCAGUCCGGCGCAGCCAUUACCGAGGCCUUGAGAAGGCUCGAUCUCGACACCAAACGCAGCUCCUCCACCCCCGCCUCCGACCAAGACCCACCUGUGAACCGCUCUGCCCUCCGCCGCGCCACCCAGAUCGCAUCCGCCUCCGCCGUGGACACCCCACCAGUCAGCCCUAGGUACACGGCAGAUUCCCCGCAUACGGGAGCAUCGCACUCGCGCCGUGAGUCAAGCUACAGGAGGACAUAUGAUGAGACUGUUAUGCGCCGCGCCGGCCCUUGCGACAACUGUGCCCUCACCCUGCCCAAGCGGCAAGAGACCAGGUCGAAAGAUGGGGACGCCGAUGCGGGACCAACCCUGCGUACCCGCGCUCCCUAUGCCCGGGUGUACGGCAGCGGCGUGCCUGGCGAUGCCUCGCCCCCCAACUCCACCUCCACCGUCUCCGAUGACGAAGAGGUACCACCCCGGAGACCCGCCCACCGCAGGACAGGCACUGUCACCUCUGUCACCUCCCGGUCGAGUGCGAGCUCCUCUUCUCCGGCGAACGGCCACACCCACUACCUGGAUUACACGUCCACCCACGAGCCCGUCGUCCCGUCCUCCUUCUCCAUAGUCCGUGCCUCCUGCAUCCGGACACUGUCCUUCGAAACGCUGCCCCGCGGCACGGCCAUGAAUACGGGCAACACCCCGACUGCAUCGCCAUCAUCCCCGGGUUUCGUGACGACACACAGCCCCGGUGCUGCCGCCUCAGGUGGGCCCAUCUUUUUCGGCGACCCAGGCGCCGGCUACACGACGGCCUACAUCUUCCGAAUCCCGGACGUACAUGCACGAGGCCACAAGCGAGUCUACGCCUUCCUGGCUCUGUCGACACACCGUGAGCGCCUGGCCAUGAAGGCCUUCACCUUCAUGUCCCAGGCCUUCCGUGAGCUGGCCGCCUGGAUCCAAAGCCUCGCCGAGGCUGAGGCUGAGCGCUACGCUAAUGAUACGAGCACCGCAAGCAGCCCUCUGUCGGCUGGCGCCAUGUACGGCGGUAUGGCAGCUCAGCAGCAGCAGCAGCAGCAGCGACAAAGCGACGGCCACGGCGAGGACGCCAGCAGCGGCAAUACUACAGGCAGCGGAUUCCUCUCUGGGGGCAUGGGAAGUGGCCUGUCGCGCCGCAUGGGUGGUGGGUACGGCCCCGGCAGCGUAAGCCUCAAGGCUCGGGGUCUGGCGGAGCUGGUGGGCCUACCGGACUUCUUCAUCGAGCUACACUCGCGGUUCGUGAGGCUGCUGCUGGAGCUGGGCGUCGUGCUGAGCUCUUGAUAAUGUGCAGGUCAGCUAGCCCAUUGUCUGUGGGCCGAGUGGCUAGGGAAUGUACGAUGGUGUAUCGGAUAUCUGUUGUACGAUAGGGCGGCCGGAAAGAGAUGGCGGGAACUCUCUCUCUGGUCCCUUUUUUGUGUGCGAAAGCGGGACGCCAUGAGGUAUUUGGGGAAAACUUUGAAUUUCUGUUUCGAGGCGCAAAGCGAGGCGUACGCUUUUGUUUGUUUGUUAAUUUUUCCAGAAGGGAACGGACGGGGUGCAAUUGGAGGAUAUACCAAAAGUUGCUAGACGGGGGAGGAAAAAGCAUCCGGGCAAAGGGAUACGGGGUUGAAAGAGAUACCAAACCGGCCAGCCGAUAAAAUACAUGGGGUGUGUGUAGGAGUUGUACUAUCCUAGAUACUGCCUACCAGGUAGUAAGUAUUAUUAUCAUUCCUUCUGAUGCUGUUUGUACCUGGUCAAAAU